GGCGGGGCGAGGAGGAGGAGGAGGAGGAAGAGGAGAUGGGAGGGAAGAGAUCCAAACAAGAUGGCGGCGGCCGGCGCGGACGCGAAGGGGGACUGAGAGGAGGCAGCUCGGCGGCGGGGCGCUCCUUCGCCGGCCCCCCCUCAGAGGAGGCGCCCCGAAAAGGAGGGGAGAAGCCGGCCCAGCUGGAGCCUCCCUCCCCGUAGGGCCUCGCUCCCACCCCAGCCUGGUUUCCUGUCACCCCCCCUCCCCACACCUAUUGACAUCUGUGGGGCGGCUCUCUCUCUUUUUUGGGGGGGUGGGCCCAUUUUGGGGGGGAGAGUUAGUCCUCCUUCCUCCCUCGCCCCCUCCCUUGUAUUUCUUUUUUUGGGGGGAAAGGUGUCUGUUCCCCCACCCUCCAGUUCUGAAGGGGAAGGGUGUAUAUGUGGGGUUUGGGGGCCCCCCGCAAUCGCCCCACAUCCAUCUUCCUCCUUCCCCCCCCUAGAUUGGGGUGUUUUAAAAUAGGCAUAUUCCUCCUCCCUUUAAUAUCUUCCUUAUAUCUAUCUUUCACCCCCACCCUUCGAUUUUGGGGUCUGCUUAGCAUUCCAGCCAACCCCCCAAAAAGGAAGGGGCUUUAAGACUCCUUUUCUCUUUCUCCCCUUUUUGAGGCUGGCAUUUCCUCCCCCCCCCAUUCAACCUGAUCCUCUUCCCACAACGGUGGGAUUUGGCAGCCCUCAACAUCUAAAGCAAAGGUUUUAACACCCCCACCCCUUUUUCUUUUCCUCUCCCCAGCCCAACUUGGGGUGUUUUAAACUUAGGCAUCCCCCCCCCUAAUUAUUUUGCUAGCAUAGUCUCUUCUUUGUCUGACCCUUUCCCCCAAUUUAAAGAAGGGCUUCACCACCUCUCCUCACCACACAUAUUUGGCUCCCCCCCUUAAGAAAACCCACAACUUGAUCUCUUUAGGAUCUCUCUCUGCCUCCCCCCUCGGAACCCUACCGUGUUGGACCCCCCCAGACUCCCUUUUGCUCUGUUGUCUUGGGGUAGCUCCUCUUCUUUCUGGGGACUAUUAGUGUUGCACCCCUCCGACCCAAAAGUCCCAUUAGAUUCAGUCUCUCCCCGCCCCCCCCCCCCGCUACCUUCCAACAUUAUAUAAAUUGCAACCUAGGAAGCUUAACAUUCUCCCUCCCUUGCUUUCUUUGGGUGACUUUUCAAAAGUAUCUGAGGUGCCUCCCCCCCCCCAAAAAAAAAUUCCCACCGGAUUACAAAGUUACUGAAACUUUUGCAUCAGCCCAUUUAAAAGACAAUUUCUCUUUAUCCUGCUGUGCGUGGAUUUAUUUUUUCCCGCUUGUGGGGAAGGAGUGACUCUUUUUUUUCCCCCCACCUCCCCCUCGGCCGCUUCUCCCCACCCCCUGGAGAAACCUUACCAAGACGACCCCUCAGGCUGCUUCCUGAACACUUUCUCUUCUCCAAGCAAAGUUGGGCUGCCCACCAAAUCUGAAUUCGCCUGUGGAAAGCUAACACCUGUCUUGGAAAAGGAUGUCAGAGAACCAAGCCAACCACCACCACCACCCAAUGAACAAUAAUGUGGGUGGUAGGGCCCCUGCCGGAAACAACCGUGGGGUCCGCAACCUCAACCAGAACCCCCUCAUCAACGUACGUGACCGCUUGUUCCAUGCCCUUUUCUUCAAGAUGGCCGUCACCUACGCCCGCCUCUUCCCACCUUCCUUCCGUCGUAUAUUUGAAUUCUUCGUACUUCUCAAGGCCCUGUUUGUGCUCUUCAUCCUGGCGUAUAUCCACAUCGCCUUCUCCCGCUCCCCCAUCAACUGUCUGGAGCACGUCCGAGACAAGUGGCCGCGCGACGGGAUCCUGCGGGUGGAGAUCCAGCGCAACUCCAGCCGCGCCCCCAUCUUCCUCCAGUUCUGCGAGAGCGACCGCUUCCCGGGUAUGGUGGUUGAGGCAGCUGGCGGGGAGGAGGAGGAGGAAGAAGAGGAGGAGGAAAUGAGCGUGGAGAUGUUUGAGAACAGCUCCAUCAAGUUUGAGCUGGAUAUCGAGCCCAAGGUCUUCCUCAAGCCCUCCCGCCUGGGCGGCGCCAAGGUGCCAGCCCCCAACGAGAGCCAAGAGUUCUCCUUCAGCGGCGAGUCGGCGUCUAAAGGUAUGCAGCCCCUCAGCGAGACGGUGUCCCAGUUUGAGAUGCUAGCCAAAGCAGUCUGGCCCCAGGAAGAGUACAUCGUGGAAUACUCCUUUGAAUACGGGUUCCUUCGCUUGUCGCACAGCACCCGCCAGCGCCUCAGCAUCCCUGUCAUGGUGGUGACGCUGGACCCCACUCGUGACCAGUGCUUUGGAGACCGGUUCAGCCGCCUGCUCCUGGACGAGUUCCUCGGCUACGACGACAUCCUCAUGUCCAGCGUGAAAGCCUUGGCUGAAAACGAAGAGAACAAAGGAUUCCUCCGCAAUGUGGUAUCUGGGGAACACUACCGAUUCAUCAGCAUGUGGAUGGCGCGGACCUCGUACCUGGCAGCGUUCGUCAUCAUGGUCAUAUUCACGCUGUCUGUCUCCAUGCUUCUGCGAUACUCGCACCACCAGAUCUUCGUUUUUAUCGUGGACCUUCUGCAAAUGCUGGAGAUGAACAUGACCAUUGCCUUCCCGGCAGCCCCGCUGCUGACCGUCAUCUUGGCUCUUGUGGGCAUGGAGGCGAUCAUGUCCGAGUUCUUCAACGACACCACCACAGCCUUCUACAUCAUCCUCAUCGUGUGGCUGGCAGACCAGUACGACGCCAUCUGCUGCCACACCAACACCAGCAAGAGGCAUUGGCUGAGGUUUUUCUACUUGUACCAUUUUGCCUUCUAUGCCUACCAUUACCGCUUCAAUGGGCAAUACAGCAGCUUGGCACUGGUCACAUCGUGGCUUUUCAUACAGCAUUCCAUGAUCUACUUUUUCCACCACUACGAGCUGCCGGCCAUCCUGCAGCAAAUCCGGAUCCAGGAGAUGUUGCUCCAGAACCAGCAGGGUGGGGCCCAGACCACCCUGCAGGACAACCUCAACAACAACAACACCGUUGCUCCCGCUGACCCGGCCGGACCGCGGCCCCACCUGGACGGGGGCCCCGCUGGGGACGGCCCCCUGGCACCCGAGGAUGCCCACACAGCAGCCGUCGUAGCCGCCACGGUGGCCUCCCUGGGCGACAACUUCAACUGGGUGGCGGAGACCGCCGUCAUCGCAGAGGCCUCCUUCAUUUCCAACCUGAGCGGCUCCCUCCUGGACCCCAGCGUCGCGCCAGAAGCAGCCGGGCCCAGCGGGGACCUCCAGGACGUAGCGUCUGCCUCGAGUGUCAUGACCCGCCUUCUGGUCAGCAGCGACCUCGCAGAGGCUCCUGUAGGGUCCAUUGCCAUCGAGGUCACGUCCACCGCUGGGGUUCCCUCACCAGGCGGAUCGGCUUCUUCUGCUGCUGCUGCCGCCACCCCCCUCAGUCCAGCCCGCGAGGACAACCCACAACCUCCAGAGAGCUCAGCCGGCCGCGGCAAACCCCCGGACACAGACUGCCUUGCAGGCCGCUGUCCACUCGGCUCUGCUGCAAGCGGGGCCCCAGGCGAGGCCUCCGAGGAGGGACUCGCGCAGGCGGACUCCUCGGCGCCGGCGCCUUUGGACAGUGCGGCUGAUGCAGGCCCAGAUUCCCGCCGCCUCUCCUGAGCUUCCUGGCGGACGGGAUGCUUCUCAGUUCGACCGUCCAUUCUCCCUGGGCUCACCUGCAAUUCCUCCGUUGAGGAGGUGCAGAGCUUGAAAGGCCAGAGGGAGAGGGAGAGAACCGGGCCCCCCCUUUCUCUCUCUCUCCCACCCCUUCUUCCUCCAAACCCAGGAAAGGAAGGAAAAAAUGUGAAUAAAAAAACGAGGGGCUCACACCCAUAGCCAGUUCGCCCCCCGCAUUUGAAGAGAGUCCUCUGGUUCCUUCCUGUUGGGCAUACGGAGCCACAGCCCCCCGCCAGUCUCUCUGCCCCCCACCCCACCAAGCUUUUUUCAAAUCAUGGGACUCCUCGCCCCUCCUCCUUUGGUGUCUGCCGGAGAUGUGGACUUAAUUUUGCCCUGGAAUUACUGCAGUUUUUUUCCCUGUGCUUCUCUGCUUUUGUCAGGAGGGGGCGCUGGGGAGGCGACCGAAACGGGUAUCAUGGCGAACUCUGUGUCCGGGGAGGGGAGGAAACGGGUGGCUGCUGGAGAAGGACUUGAGACCCUUGUGCGGAAGGGGGCCCUGAAGAUGAACCCCCUUUAAAUCUGGGGUUCCUGGCAGCCACCGCUCUCAAAGAUCUGUCACCCCAGAAGCGCUGGAGUCAUAGAAAGUUCUGCCUGGUUUUUUCCUUUCCUUUUUUCCUUUUUAGCAUGGGGGACAGACUGCAUUUUACUCUGAAAGAAGCCGCGUUUAUAGACGCAUAUACGCAGCCUCUUUCAGAGUAAAACAGCAGUAGAUCUUUCUUGUUAGAAAGGCGCUUUUAAAAAUUAACGUGAUGGGGAAGAUCUGGAGGUGGAUUCUAUCUCUCUCUUGAUAAGGAAGCCCUUUUUGGCCACUGGGGAAGGGGGUCCUCAGAAAGCCACCCCCCCAAACGUUUGGCUGACUUUGCAGUGGCUUGCCUGGUCGCUGGACUGUGUGUCAUCGUCCCCCCACCUCCCUGUUUUUAACCUCUACAUAGGAAAGCCCAGAAGUUAUUUUGUUCCCAGAGCUCCAAGGUUCUAGCAAGUUGCAUCUUAACGGUGCAUCCUUAGCGACUGCAAGAGGGAGCAGCUCCUGAUUUUCAGUCUGACAUGGCCAUCAUGAGAGAGGACCAGGUGGCUCUCAAUACCCUUUCUUAAAUGAGGGGGCUUUUUGGGUGCUUUAAAAAUUGGGUGGUGUGUUUUUUUUAAGCUGUCAUUUGGUGAGAACCCUUGCAGCUCCCUCUCUCUUAUGCCCUUGCACAGAUGUUGACAGGUGAACUCAGUUCAUGUUUUAUGCAGCGUGGCAAUUUAGGAAUAUUCUCCACUCCCCCACCCUAAAAAGCUUCCUAGCCCAGUGCCUUAUCUCGUAAGCAGGAUGUGUUUUGAAGAGUGUGCACAUCAAAAAAUGCCACCUAAGUUCCUGGAAACAUAAAGAAGAGAGUGGGGUGGGGGGCAGGGGGCACCCCUCCCGGAAAAGGACCCGCUUCCCAGGAGUCUUUGCCCAUCCCUUUCUGGAGCAGAGCUGUACCCCUUAAAUUGUGGGGUGUAUGUGUGUGUGCGCUAGCUGGGAAUAGGAAGCAUCGUAGAACGCAGCUGGCUCCAAACUUUUGAGUGCCUUUGUACUCAGGUGAUCUAGCAAUAGCAAGGGGAAUUCCGAGGCUGGAAGGUUCAGGGGGUAGCGCGGCUGGACCUAAGGAAACCCUGCCCUGUCCUGCCACAUGGUCCCUGGGAGCAGGCAGGAGCCAAGGACCCUGGGAAUCUUAAUUCUUAUUUUUUUAGUUCUGCCAUGAGGUGCAAAGUGCAGUAGGCAGGUACACCCUUAAGCAAGCAGCAGCCUUUUUCGAGACUGGAGCCCAGGAGCGUCUGUGAGAUGCUCUGAUUUUGCAGUCAAAAUCACCUUUGGCUGCUGUGCUCUACCCUAAAGCCAGGGAAGGGAGAACCCCUUAGAUGGGUGACGUGAAAGUAGUUUUGGGGUGGAGGGUGGGUUGGCCGACAACAAGCAUAGUGGUGGUAUUUCCCCCCCCCCAACCCCCAUUCAUGUGCAAUAUGUUGGUGGGAUCAUUCGCUGCCCGCCCACCCACCGCUGCUUGGCAAUGGAGUGCUUGUAGGUAACCGGACAUUAGGGUUUUUACGUUGUAGUCGUCAGGCAGAAAGGAUUGAGGGGUUGAGAAAAAGAGAAGAAUCACACCAAACUAUACCAGGAAUGAAGAGUAGAGUUCAUUCUAUUUAAUGUACAAAAAAGUAUGUAUAUAUUAUAUAUAUUAUAUAUAUAAUAAAUACUAUAUCUAACA